UAUCCAUCACAACAGAAUCAACUUUGAACAAAGCUUACUCAAAUUGAACAGCUUACUUCUCAUUACGUUGUACCAUCAGCUAUGUCCAGCUCAAGUGGUCCAGUUCCUCCUUCCAAGGUUGCUGACUUCGUCGAGGCGCCAGAUGCUUCUUUCGACGAGCCUGAGCGCGUCGAGCUGAUCAACAAGAUUGCCAACGCACUAAACGCUUUGAAUGAGCCGAAAAUAAAAGACUGGACAACUUGUUACGCGUGCUUGUGGCUUGCUGAUAUAGAGAAACUACGAGCUUUAGUUAAUCAAGCUCUCCCGGAUAAUGGGGAGCAUGAUGUUCUGAGGAUCUAUGACAAGUUCUUCCGUGUUGAGGACGAGGGCUGCAUAGGUCAAAAUUGGCAACAAAAGAAAGGUAGUGCUCAAUCAAGGGCUCUAUCUGCUCCGCCAACACCAGCCAAGAAUACACCACCACCCUUGUUCUCAUCCUCCCCCGCCCUUGGGCGGAGCCCGGGCGAUUUGGUAUCUGAGCUUCCCACCUCAACUCCACAGCGCCAACGCCUGUCGCUAGGAACAUCAGGAAGUCCUAGUGCGUCACACAAAAGAGCAGGGGACCCUCAGAGCACGCCUAAAGGGGCGAAGAAGCUUAAACUAGAUACAGCCGUCUGGGAAAGUACUAAGGAUCCCCGCUCUCAGGAGGCCGCGGACGAAUGUAAGAAGCGUGACAAGGCCUGCAUUCUUACAAAAUUCCACGUGGACUUCUGCCAGUCAUGCCAUUUGUUCCCAUAUUGCAUGAACAAUGAGAAUACCCAAGGUGUGAAAUGGUUUUUCAGGGCGCUAAGAGAUUUCUGGAGUAAGGAAAGGGUGGAUGGGUGGAGAAAUGCAGUCUAUGGAGAUGCUACCAAGACUGAAAAGAUCCAAAAUCUCAUAACCCUCAACUAUAACGCACAUCAGCUCCAUACAAAGGCGCUUUUUGCCCUUCAGCCUGUUAACAGGGAUGAGGUUCAUGGUAAGUGGCUUAAACUUCGGUUCUGGUGGCUGAAAAAACAUGACCAUUCAGAUGGGGUUGAGUUUAGUGUUCGCCCACAACUUCCUGAAGAUUUUUGCCCAACAGAAUAUGCAGUUGCUCUGCAUAAUAUCUAUAAUAAUCUUCCACUUGUCUCUGGUGAUUACAUCACGCUUGAGACGCAUAAUCCGGAGACUCAUCCCCUCCCUGAUACUCGGCUCCUUGACAUGCAGUGGAUGCUGAAUCGUGUGAUUGCCUUAAGGGGUGCUGCAGAACCGGAGGAACUGAAGGAUGAGUCGGAUGAGGACUCAGAUGAGGGACUUGGCCUCACCGCCAGGCCCGAGGUGCCUCUGGACUCGAGUUUUUAUGGCGAAUCAUCUCCUCCGUCCUCUAUCACUAAUAUCGCGAGUGACCAGCCCAAGGCUAACCCCGUCAUCGCGACGACUGAUACAGUCGAACAAGGUCUCAUUAAGGAAUAG